AUGUACACCCAGAGUGUCCACCUGUUCACUGUGGUGCGGGUAGAUAUUGGAACACGAGUCUGUCCUGCUUCCCGGGUGAGAGGAGCUUUGAAUUGGCUUCUGCUGUGGGUUCCCCUCUGGGGUUCUCUACACCCAUCACUGUCCUCUGCUCUAGAUGCAGCUGGAUCCCAGACAAAGCAUGGUCUUGUCCUAGGCUUGCCUUGUCUCUUAGACCUUCAGUCACAUCCGUCUGCUUCCCCUCCAGAGAACAAAGGUCGAAGACGCACCACCAAUGACUCUGCCGCUUCUGAGUACUGUCCCACACCCAAGCGCCUCAAGACAAACAGCUGCGGAGGGAAAGACCGAGGGGAGGAUGACGAGAGCCGAGAAAGGAUGGCUUCUGACGUCACCAACAACAAGGGCAAUCUGGAAGACCGCUGUUUGUCCUGCGGUAGGAAGAACCCUGUGUCCUUCCAUCCCCUCUUUGAGGGUGGGCUCUGUCAGAGUUGCCGGGAUCGCUUCCUGGAGCUCUUCUACAUGUAUGAUGAGGACGGCUAUCAGUCCUACUGCACCGUGUGCUGCGAGGGCCGGGAGCUGCUUCUCUGCAGCAACACCAGCUGCUGCAGGUGCUUCUGUGUGGAGUGUCUGGAGGUGCUGGUGGGGACAGGGACAGCCGAGGAUGCCAAGCUGAAGGAACCCUGGAGCUGCUAUAUGUGCCUCCCACAGCGCUGCCAUGGUGUCCUCAGGCGCAGGAAGGAUUGGAACAUGCGCCUGCAAGACUUCUUCACGACUGAUCCUGACCUCGAAGAAUUUGUAAGCCAUAGGUACUUGGUGCUCAAAGAGUUGGGUAUCAAAGUGGAAAAGUACGUCGCUUCCGAAGUUUGUUCAGAGUCCAUCGCUGUGGGAACCGUUAAGCAUGAAGGCCAUAUCAAAUACGUGGAUGACGUCAGGAACAUCACAAAGGGAGACGUUGAUGAGUGGGGCCCAUUCGACUUGGUGAUCGGUGGAAGCCCUUGCAAUGACCUCUCCUGUGUGAAUCCUGUCAGGAAAGGCCUGUUUGAGGGCACCGGCCGACUCUUCUUCGAGUUUUACCGGUUGCUGAAUCACUCACGCCCUGAGGAGUGUGACAACCGUCCGUUCUUCUGGAUGUUUGAGAAUGUGGUGGCCAUGGAGGUGGGUGACAAGAGGGACAUCUCACGGUUCCUGGAGUGUAACCCAGUGAUGAUCGAUGCCAUCAAGGUUUCUGCCGCUCACAGGGCCCGAUACUUCUGGGGCAACCUCCCUGGGAUGAACAGGAUCUUCGGCUUUCCUGCCCACUACACUGAUGUGUCCAACAUGGGCCGUGGCGCCCGCCAGAAGCUGCUGGGAAAGUCCUGGAGUGUGCCAGUCAUCAGACACCUCUUUGCCCCCUUGAAGGACUACUUUGCAUGUGAAUAGUUCUACCCAGGACUGGGGUCUUGGGGCUAAUGCCAGCUGUUAGGAGUCACACUGGUCCUGGAAGCACCCCAGCUCUGCCCUUCCUUAGCUUGCCUCUGUGGGGUCUCACUAUAUACUCAGUCUUUUCUGCUCAGUGGUAGCAGAGCCUCCUGGCCCUACAGGGGAACCUACUUGUGCACAGCUCAGAUCUGGCAUCUUACAGUGGCCCAACAUGGUUCUUAUGUUUUUCCAGUUUUAAACUUUACAACCAAGCCGGGCGGUGGUGGCGCACGUCUUCACUCCUAGAGCUCGGGAGGCAGAGGCAGACGGAUCUCUGUGAGUCUGAGGCCUGCCUGUUCUACAGAGCAAGUUCCAGGAUAGCCAAGGUUACACAGAGAAACUCUGUACCAAACCAAAACCCAAAAACCAGAGUCACGUGACAACAUGGGAGAAACUGUGCUUUGUUUCAACAGUUUUUUGCUGAUUUCUAGGCUGAAAGAUGACAGAUGAAGAGCUUACCCUUUUGUUUAAUUAAAGUCAAUAUUUCUCAUCUGUA